CUUAGUCCGAUGUCGAUCGCGCCUCGUAUCAUACUAAGCUCUCGUCGCAUUUACCAGCUUGGAAAAGGAUGUGCUAGCUUUACAUGAUAUUCUCCCGAGAGUAGAGACACCCAAAAGCACCACAGCAAACAUCCACCAUUGCGUUCGCCAUGAACAUAUCACACUCCAUUCCGUCUACCGUCUCAAGCAUAUCUUUCUCAUUCCUGACAGCGGAGGACAUCCGCAGGAUAUCAGUCAAGCAGAUUUUGAACCCAGUAUUGUUGGAUGACUUGAACAGGCCGAACAUCGGUGGUCUGUAUGAUCCUGCGCUUGGUCCUAGCGAUCGUCAGGACAUCUGUGCAACAUGUCACUUAACUUACUUCACGUGCCCAGGCCACUUUGGUCACAUUGAACUGCCUGCCCCUGUAUACCACCCUCUGUUCAUGGUGAAUAUGUACAAUAUUCUCCGCGCAACCUGUUUGUUUUGUCAUAGAUUUAAACUGAGUCGAUCAGUGAUCUGCAAAUAUGUCGCCAAAUUCCGCCUCUUGGAACAUGGUCUCCUGGAAGCUGCUCUCGACGUGGACAACAUCACAUCACACACGGCUAAUGACGACGACGAAGACAGUCGCAACGAAACUAUUCCUGAAUUAGAAUCUCGUGUCAACUUAUUCGUCACGGUACAUCUCAGCAAGGCCUCCGGCAGCAAGCGAGAUCACUACAAGGACAGUCUUGUCUAUCAGGCCCGGAAAGAUCUUAUCCAAGAGUUUUUGAAAACAACUAUCACCAAAAAAUGUAGUAACGAAGGUUGCGGCGCCUUCGCCUACACGUUCCGCAAGGAGGGAUUCACUAAAAUAAUCGAAUACGAUCUCUCCGUGAAGCAAAAAAAUCAGCAUCGAGCCAUCAGCCUUAAAAGGCCAGAUGUCCUCUUGUUCCAGCAGCAAGCUGCGGAUGCUUCGAAGUCUCGCUCCGAACCUUCGAAUACUAUGGACGUAGACUCGGAAUCUGACUCUGAACCCGAGGGAGAGCCGACAUACUCAGACGAGGAAGAGGAACUUCAAGCUACCCGUCUCUUGAAAAAGAACGAUCUUCCUCGUGCUGCAAAUGGUAAAGUUAAGACUACCCGCGGCCGCAACGAGCGUGUUAUGGCACCAGAAGAAUGUCGUGCCCAUUUGCGUCUUCUGUUCCGUAAUUGCCCUGAGAUUUGUUCCCUCAUCUUUGGCCGGCAUGGCCCCUUCUCUCCCCUAAAUGCUGCGGGUCUGUCCCUGGCAUCUGCCGACAUGUUCUUCAUGGAAGUGAUCCCUGUUCCACCAACGCGUUUUCGCCCGCCUGCUACAAUGGGUGAAACGUUGUUCGAGCAUCCCCAGAAUGAGCUUUUGGCCAAGGUUUUGAAUACGUCGUAUAGGUUACGUGAUUUAAAUGCAGACUUGCAUGCCGCUUCUGUGAAGCAAUCAGGUAUUGACGAUACGACGCGGCGUCGUUUAUUUAGCGCUUUACUCGAGGGACUCGUGCAGUUGCAAGCCGACGUCAAUAGCUUCAUGGACAGCAACAAAAAUCCUACACCUGUCCGCAACGGUAAACUCCCCCCAGCCGGUGUCAAGCAGGGGCUCGAAAAGAAGGAGGGUCUCUUUCGUAAACAUAUGAUGGGUAAACGUGUCAACUAUGCAGCACGGUCCGUCAUCUCGCCAGAUAUAAAUAUUGAGCCAAACGAGAUUGGCAUCCCUCCUGUCUUUGCGAGAAAACUUACCUUUCCUGAGCCUGUGACUCCUGCAAAUUUCCAUGAACUGCGGCAAUGGGUAAUUACUGGUCCGAAGGGUUACCCAGGAGCGACGAUGGUUGAGUAUGAAGAUGGGCAUAAACAGUCCUUGGAAAAACUCACACCUGAGCAGAGAACGGCUAUCGCCAACCAGCUGCUGACACCUCAAGAUGGUAGCGACAGCUCGUCAGGUCGUCGCGGACUUUCAACGCGCACGGCUUCGAUCAACAAGAAAGUGUAUCGGCAUCUUCGGGAUGGCGACAUUCUGAUUCUCAAUCGUCAACCAACCCUUCACAAGCCAAGCAUGAUGUGUCACAAGGCCCGGAUUUUACGAGGCGAAAAGACCAUAAGGAUGCAUUAUGCGAACUGUAAUUCUUAUAAUGGUAUGCAUUCCCAAUUCAAACCGUAUAACCCUGAUUUUGAUGGUGACGAAAUGAAUAUCCAUUUUCCUCAAAACCAGGUUGCUCGUGCGGAGGCGAUGUUAAUUGCCAAUACUGAAAAUCAGUAUUUAGUCCCGACGUCCGGUAAACCCUUACGCGGCCUCAUUCAGGACCACGUUGUUGCUGGGGUCUGGAUGACCUGUCAAGACGCUUUUUUUUCCCGCGAGGAGUACUUCCAGCUACUAUACGGAGCACUCCGUCCUGAAGAUGAGAGUCAUCAUCUAUCGCGGCUGAUCACUCUACCUCCAACCAUAUGGAAGCCACGUCCGCUAUGGACAGGAAAGCAGGUUAUCUCGACGGUCCUGAAAAAUAUUACGCCGAGCAACUGCAGAGGGGCUGAAUCCUUGAUUCCAAAGCUAAAGUUCCCGGUCAUCUAUGGGACAAACAUUCCUCAGAAGACAAGGUUAUUUUUGUUGAUGGCGAACUUCUCUGUGGUGUCCUUGACAAAUCCGCUGUUCGGAGCCACCGAUUAUGGCCUUGUGCACUCAGUGUAUGAGCUUUAUGGAGCUGAUGUUGCUGGGAAGCUUCUCGGCGUUCUCAGCCGGCUAUUCACAAAGUUUCUACAACAUCGGGCCUUCACGUUCGAGAAUUUUCCUUCGUUAAGCAAACUACCCAAGGAGGAAGAUGUCUUACGAGACGACAACAAAAUGGCUGGCCUUGAUGUUACCGUCAAGACUAAGCUUUCGGGCCUGACCAAAUCCAUCGCUGAUGCUUGUAUGCCUCACGGUCUCCUGCGCAAAUUUCCUCACAAUCACAUGCAAACUAUGACGCUAUCUGGUGCGAAGGGUAGUGCUGUCAAUGCACAGCAGAUAUCAUGUGCACUUGGCCAGCAGGAACUCGAAGGUCGUCGCGUACCUGUAAUGGUCAGCGGAAAAACCCUUCCAUCUUUUAAGUCAUUCGAGCCGAAAGCUAUGGCAGGUGGAUAUGUUGCCAGUCGCUUCUUGACGGGUAUCAAACCUCAAGAAUUUUAUUUCCACUGCAUGGCUGGACGUGAAGGCCUUAUCGAUACUGCCGUCAAGACGUCUCGAUCCGGUUAUCUUCAGCGCUGUCUCAUUAAGCACCUUGAGGGCAUCCGGGUCCACUACGAUCAUACCGUCCGUGGCAGUGACUCAUCCAUAUACCAAUUCCACUAUGGCGGCGAUGCCCUAGACGUUACAAAGCAGAAGCACCUCUACCAAUUCGAGUUCAUCGCCCGGAACCAGAUCACCCUUCUUAACCUGUACAAGCCUAAGAACAUUGCUGGUCACAUCAACGACAAUGACGCCGUGUCUUAUAUGAAGAAAACUCUAAAGAAAUCAGAAGUACGUCCAGACAAGUACACGCCCGCCGAGCGAGAGAAGCGCGCUCCUUCCUUGGAUGUGUAUAGCCCUAGUCGUUACCUUGGCAGCACAUCAGAGAAGUUUGCGGAGGCAUUGGCUCAUUACAUCAAGUCUAACCCUCAUGGGUUAUUGAUGAACAAAGAUAAGAAUGCGACGGAGGGCCCCAAGAUCAAGCGUCGGCAUGAACCCAUGAAAACCAGAUAUUUCAACUUGCUCAUGAAUAUUAAGUAUCUAAGAAGUUUGGUGGAACCUGGGGAAGCUGUUGGUUUGUUGGCGUCUCAGGGCGUUGGAGAACCGUCAACUCAGAUGACACUUAAUACGUUCCAUUUUGCAGGCCACGGAGCUGCCAACGUAACACUGGGUAUUCCUCGAUUGCGAGAGAUUGUGAUGACAGCUUCACAAAAGCCCAAGACACCUUCGAUGACUAUGGAAGUUGCGCAUGGCGUAUCCCAGUUGGACAUUGACAUCUUUUGCAAGCGGGCUAGCAAGUUGACGUUGUCUCAGCUUGUUGACAAUGUGACGGUCAAAGAGCGUUUGACUGUGGAGAGCGAUGCACGUCGGACCGAAUUCGUUAUUGACAUCUUCUUCUUCCCCGCGGAAGAAUACACCGAGGAGUAUGACAUUCUGCCCGAGGAAGUUCUCGCCGUGUUUGCAGCGAAGUUCCCGUCAAUACUCAAGAAGGAAAUUCAAACGGAGAUGAAAAAGCUUGACACAGAUCUGAAGGGCCAGAUUGCGCAGCUUGGGAAAGGGAAGGCAUCAAAAGAACCUGUUGCUGGCGAGGCAGAGGCUGAAGGUGGCGAGGAUGACGACCCAAGUCGUGGUAAGGAUGACGAUGGCUUGAGUGAGCAAGGGGAUGGUGAUGCUGUUGAUGCCAAGCGAGCUCGUCAGCAGAAGGAACAGACAUCAUACGAGUCUGACAAUGACAGUGAAAGGGAUUACUUGGACGAUACCACUAUCGAGGCGGCUUAUGCCUCAGACACGGGGGGUGGCGAAGGCGAAGGCGACGACAUAAUUGAUCGUCCGACGGCUAUUCACGCACAAACUCAAGUCAUAGCAGACGCCUUCAUGAAUAUCUUUCAUCAAGCAACUUCGUUCACGUUUACGAAGUCAAAAUGCUCUAUUCGGCUCGAGUUCCCUGCAGACUUCCCAAAAAUUUUGUUGGUGGGCAUAGUCGAGCGCACUUGUCUGAGGACUGUUAUCCGGGAGAUCCCUGGUAUCACGGAUUGCUUUAGUGUAGUUGUAAAGGAACGCGGAGUGGAGAAGAUACGACUGACUACCAACGGAUCAAACUUGCGAGGUAUCUGGCAAUUUACAGGCGCAACAGAUGACAACAUCAUUGACCUGGAUACUAUCUACUCCAAUGACAUCUACUCCAUCCUCAAAGCUUACGGCGUGGAGAUGGCGCGUGCUGCGAUAUUACGCGAGAUUGGUGGAGUAUUUGACGCCUACAAGAUUGAUGUUGAUGGGAGGCAUCUGGAACUCAUUGCAGAUUAUAUGACAUUCGAAGGCGCCUACAAGCCAUUCAAUCGCAAGGGUCUCUCAAGUAACCCUUCGCCCCUUCUAAAAGCGUCGUACGAGACAACUGCUGCCUUCCUUUCAGACGCGACAUUGUAUGGUGACUUUGAUGACUUAUCCACGCCAUCAGGUAAUCUGGUCAUGGGACGUCCUAACCAAACGGGUACUGGUGUUUUCGAUGUAGUGACACUUGCGGAAGUUCCUGCUUGAUACGUAGAUAAAUUACAAAAUACUCUGGGGAGUGUGACUUGAAUGAUCCAUGUCACGUGCUUUAUGAG